GGCUUUCUUCAAUCCCCACCAUAAAUUAGUUCAGAGUAUUUUUAAAAGACUGGAUUCGAGGGGUAAAAUGGGGAAAGAGCGUGGUGAUGAUGAUGAUCAAGGCUAUGGCGGCAGCUAUAAUUACUACUGCGCUGCUCUGAGGAGCUCCGUCAAGAAACUGCACUUUGGGAAGUGGGAAGAGAAAGAGGAAGCGGCGGCAGAGAUUAAGAGGCUGCUGGCCGCCGGAGAUGACCCGGGGCGGCGGCGGAGAUUCAUGGCGGAGCUGGGCGUUAUUCCGCCGCUGGUGGAUAUGGCUGGCUGUGAACUGGUGGCCCGCCGGAGGUUGGCCGUUCAAGCCUUAAUCCACCUUGCUCAUGCCUCUCCCACGAACAAGGCUCUAAUGGUUGAAUCAGGAAUUUUAUCAAAAUUGUCCCAACAUACAGACAUUGCAGACCAAAAAACAAUUCAAGAAUCUUUACAACUUCUUCUAUCUGUAUCACACAUAGCCAGCUUCCGGCUACUCUCAUCAGAAGAAUCAUUAGAGAAGGCCCUAGCAAUAUUAGGAAACAUGGUUGUCACCCAAAAAGGAAAGAGGGCUCUUGAAGAACAUCCAUUGGUGCCCGAAUGCUUCAUUAUUGAGACCGCGACCGCGGAUGAUGGUGGCCCGAAAUGCCGAGAGUUGUCGGUGUACGUCCUGACGGUCUUAGCCCAUCGGAGCCCGGUGCAGAGAGAGAGGAUGGCGAAAGGUGGAGUUGUCCCGGCUCUCGUUGAAGUAGCGUUGUUGGGAAGUGCUCUGGCUCGGAAAAGGGCGUUGAGAUUGUUGGAGUGGUUCAAGGAUGGAAACAAGAGAAACGUGGGGACCCGCUCCGGGCCUCAGAUAAGGAGCGGGUCGAACAAGUCGCUGCCGUUUCGUGGAAUGAAAGGUGACGACGAGGGACGGAGAUUGAUGAAGAGUUUUGUGAAGGAGAGCUUGUAUAGGAACAUGGAAACAAUCACUCACCGAGCCAAUGGCUCCCCUCGAGAGUCUCCCAAGGUUUAAUUAAGGCAUUGGUCAUUACUUCAAGCUCUAAUAGCUUGCAUGCCUUACAUGGGAUUAUUGUAGAAUGACUCUAUCCUACUAGCUAACAUUAUUCCCCUCAAAUUAAACCUCUUUUGUUAUUUAAUUUCCAUGAGUAACAUUGACUAUAUAAAUGAAUAUCAUUACAACUA